AUGGAGACUGUGCGGGAGUCAGACGGAGAGGAGCAAGUCAGAGGUGGAAAGAGAUUAAUGGAGGAUGACCGAGAGGCGAGGAAGCUGGAGGAACCCCUCCAUGUUUCAGCUCCUCAAGAGCUUCUGCUGAAGUUGGACCAUGCAGACGAGCUGUGUCCUGAGUCCUACAGGGUCAACUCCCCCGACGAGGUCCGACUGUUGGAAAUCACAGACAACUUCCAGCAUCAGUAUUCACACCUGUACCCCGACCGCAAACCGCUGCUGCUCUGUCCAAUCAACGAAUGUGGAGUUAAGAAGUUUGUGUCCACCACUCUUCGGCCCACAUCGACGGUCUACCCCGUGUUUUUCACCUGGCAGGGCUGUGCCUCCUUCGUGGCUGACUUCCUGUCUCUGGAGCCUUUGGAUCCGCCGGGGAACCUGCCCCUGUUCCUGUUCUCCUCCAGCUCGGUGCUUCAGACUCAGAGGGCCAACUGUCUGGACUUUGCCACGUUGUUGUGCAGUCUGCUGCUGGGCUCCGACUACGACGCCUACUGUGUCAGCGGUUACGCCGUCAGAGAGAUGUGUCUGCUCGACCCCAGCCUGCUGCACUGCCCCCUGCUGGACACAGAGGUGGAGAGUGACAUCUCAGAGCAGCAGCUUCAGGAGAACAAAUACUUAGUGAAACCUCUGAGGGAGCUGAAGAGUCGAUUUUUGACGCAGCAGGAGAAGAAGAAGAAGCAGGAUGAAGAGGCCGCGUUGCUUCAGAAGCAAAACCUCAAACGGGAGAUCGAGCAGCGACCCGCCGACCCCCUGCGAGGGCUGCGGGUCCACUGCUGGGUUCUGGUGCUGUCGGGGAGUCGGAGCGUCCAGGAGAACUUCUUCAUCGACCCUCUGAGCGGGAACAGCUACGCCACCAACGACGAACGCUUCCUGGGCGUGGAGAGCGCCUGGAACAACCGCAACUACUACGUCAACAUGCAGGACUGCAGGAACGGCUGUGCUGAUAUGGAGUACGACCUGGAGGACCUGAAUACCUGGGAGCCGGUCCUGUACGGAGCAACCAGCAAAAAGCAGCUGAUUCUUGAUGUCUUGAAGAAAAAGGAGAGUAAGAUGAUGAGCACAAUCAAGAAUGAUAAUGAGGAGGAGGAGGAGCCCCAUGUUUUUGAGAUGCCACGAUCCUGGGCCAGUUACGUCAACAUCUCUAAAGAAGACCUGGAGACCCGCUGGCCGGGCGGGCAGAAGGUGACCCACUACAGCAAAGCAAAGCUGGAGGAGUUUGCACCGUAUCUGAAGUCAGACGGUCUGGUUCAGAGACUGACCACGUACAAAGACCUGGACUGCUCUGAGGAGGUCUUGGUGAAGGAGUGGUAUCAAAACAGGGACGACUACCUGGAGCAGAGGGAGGUCAACAUGGACAACAACAUCACAACGGAGCACUUCAAACAUGGAAAACCUUUUCACCUUCUACUUCACAGGUUCUCGUCCUUGAAGGCCGGGCGUGAGAUGCAGUUCAGCAGCGCUCACGUUGAAGAUCUGGUGAGGAGGGUGGUGUCACCGGGGGAAAUCACGGAGACGUUCGAGGGCCGGAACGACUUCCUCUUCUACCGCCACGCCGUCUUCGAUAGACACGUCCAGUUUUCACAACCAGAUUUGAAAAAGAAAACCGAUGCUCGAAUUCCGCAGAAAAUGGUGGAGCGUUUCCACAGGAACAGAUCCAAACCAGCCAACGUGGACGUGGCGGAGCGAGUGUUCCUAUUGGCUGAAAGACGCAUCGAGGUGACCUAUCAUUUAGAAGAUCACAGAUUCAUCACCUCGAAGAGGAGCUUCAUGAAACCGCUGGAGUCCACGGAAAAAAAGAAGGCCGAGGAGUUCUCAGCUGACAUGGUCUGCAGCUUCCAGGUGGAUCCAUCUGAGAAACCUAUUGAGACCCUGACCCUGAGUAAGAUGCUGGUGGACCUGAUCAGGGAUGAGGAGAAGGUGGUUCAACAAAUCAAGGAGUCUAAGAAAGAGGUGAGCAGCAUCUUGGUCUGCAGAAAGCAGGAGGAGAAAGACGUUCGGCUUCACUUCUCUCCGUGGACGACAACCGGAGCUGCCACGGCUCGCAGCCAGAGACAGGAAAUGGAGCGCCAGGCUGUGGAGGAGCAAAGAUGGCUGCAGGAGAGGAAGAAGGACAUCCUGGCUCCUUUCCUGAUCCGGCUGGACGACGAAGAGACUCUGAGCGCCAAAGACGCCAAGCUGCUCUACCAGGACUGUUUGUCAGAGUGCAAACAGAGACUGGUGGAGCAGGCCAACCUCAUUCAGAAACGCUAUGAAAAGGAGACACAAGAGCUGCAGAGGAAACAGCUGUGGUAUCAGAAGAACCAGCACAACAUGAAGGAGCUGCAGGAGGACGAGUACCAGAACUACUGCUCUGAGAAAACACUACGAAUACAUGUCGCCAAGAAACGCCUCAGCAUGCACAUGGAAGCAGCUCCUCGGGAGUACCAGAAUCUUGAGCAGAAGCUGAAACACGACCCUCGUCUGGCUCCUCACCUGCUCUGA